AUGACUUUUAUUCAACUAAUCUCUAUACAGUUACUACUCAUCAUAGUUUCGCACCAAAUUCUAGCGAAUCCAAUUAUCGCUGAAGAAUCAUCUGACGGACUUCUUGAUAGAGAUCAGAGUAUGGUUAAACGCCAAGAUUACAUGUAUUUUGAUCUUGGAAAAUUCUUAACUGAUACGUCUAAUCGUGAAAAUCCGCAACAUAUCUACGAUAAAGUAGCAAAAAGACGAGCACAAGCAAAAGCUAAUCUUGCUGGUCUAUGGGGUGUACCAACAAGAUUUGCUUAA